AUGACCUGGGAUGAGAAAUGCAGGUUAAUUCAAAGUGACCCAGUAACAUGUGCCAGACAUUUUGAUUAUCAAAUAAGUCAAUUUCUCACAAACUUUCUUUUCGAUAAAGCUAAACCAUUAGGGAAAAUUUCUGACUGGUUCUACAGAGUAGAAUACCAGCAGCGGGGUUCACCCCACAUACACAUGCUUAUAUGGCUUGAAAGUGCACCAGUGUUUGGAGUUGAUGAUGAUGCUGUUGUUACAGAUUUCAUUGAUAAGAUAAUUAGUUGUCAGUGGCCAAUUGCUAAUACAGAAUUAUAUCAACUUGUGAAGAGACAAAUUCACAGACAUUGUAACACUUGUAGGAAGAAAUCAAAGAAUGAAUGUCGAUUUAAAUACCCACAACCUCCUAUGAGAGCAACUGAAAUUCUUUAUCCUCUAGAAGGAGACAUACCACAAAGUAAAGUAAAACAGUACAAAGACACUUGGAAAACAAUCAACAAGCAAUUAAAUGAUAUGAAAGAAGGUGAACCUAUAUCCUUUGAGCAACUGCUUGUCAAGUUAAAGGUUACUGAAAAUGAAUAUCGAUUAGCUGUUAGGUCAUCUUUAAAUGCACCAACUGUCUUUUUAAAAAGAAAACCCAAUGAGUUAAGAAUAAACAACUAUAAUCCUGCCUGCCUCGAGGCUUGGAGAGCAAAUAUGGAUAUCCAGUUUGUCCUUGAUGUGUAUGCAUGUGCCAUGUAUAUAGUUUCAUAUAUUUCUAAAGCACAAAAAGGAAUGAGUGAACUGUUACGACAAGCUUGUGAUGAAGCCAGAAAAGGAAAUUCUAGCAUAAAGCAACAAGUCAGAGACAUUGGAAACAAAUUUUUAAACAGCGUCGAGAUAAGUGCACAAGAAGCUGUUUACAUUGUUUUACAGCUUCCUAUGAAGAAGUCUUCUCGUCAAGUAAUAUUCAUAAAUACCACUCCUCCUAAUGAAAGAGUGCAGCUUUUAAAGCCAAUAAACGAUAUUCAAGAAAUGGAGGAUGAUUGUGAAGAUGUAUACACCAAUGGUCUUCUGCAACGAUAUGCAAAGCGCCCUUUGAGUCUUGAGCACUUAACUUUGGCAGAUUGGGCUGCAUGGUAUGACUCUGGAGGAAAACCAUAUAUAAAAAAAUCAGUUAUAAAGGAUGCUGAUAACCUUCCAUUAGAAACAGCUGAUAGUGAUGAAAAUGAUGAUGACCUUUUUGAUAGCAAUGCUAUCAAUAGCAAAAAAAGAUCAAAAGCAAGAAUUAUUAGAAGUGUUUGGUAUAACCGUGAAAAAAAUCCAGAAAAACACUAUCGCGAACUAAUAAUGCUCUUUACAUCGUGGAGAAAUGAAGACACUGAUCUGUUGGCUGAUUUUUCUUUCUACCAAGAACAUUUCUUAAAUGUUAAAGAUUCUAUAGAUGAGCAAAUGAAAUUAUAUGCUGUUUGCAGUGAAAACUUGGAUAAAAUCCAGGAAAACUUGAAUGGGAUUGAUGCUGAUAAUGAUAACUUUGACUCAAUAGCACCAUAUACACAAAAUAUAGAAUACCAGGAUGAGGCUGAGGGUAUUCAGGAUUUGCAUCCUGAUCUCAAUGAAAGCUAUGAUUUAUCAGAAGAUGUUGGAAUUCCUUCAGCAGUUGAAAGUACUGAACCACUGAUACUAAAUGAAUUACAAGACCAAGAGUACAGACAAUUGGUUCAAACACUUAACCAAAAGCAAAAAGAAUUUUUUUAUCAUAUCUUACAUCUUGUUAAAACAACAGACAAACCAUUCUACUAUUUCCUCUCUGGAGGUGCUGGAGUGGGUAAAUCCCAUCUUAUAAAAUCUUUGUAUCAAGCAGCACUGAAAUAUUACAACUCCAGAGCUGGUGAGGACUUUAAUGAGGUUAAAAUACUGUUACUAGCACCUACUGGAAAAGCUGCUUUUGGUAUAAAAGGUAAUACAAUACACAGUACCUUGGCAAUACCAGCAAGCCAAUCUCUAAAGAUUUACAAACCUCUCGACUCAAGUAGACUUAACACUCUUAGAUGUAAACUUCGGGCUGUCAAACUAAUAUUUUUGGAUGAAAUUUCAAUGGUUGGCAAUACUAUGUUUAAUGUACAAAUAAAUAACAGAUUAAAAGACAUUAUGGGCAGUAAAGACCCAUUUGGAGGUGUAAGCAUCAUAGCUCUUGGUGAUUUAUUUCAGCUAGAGCCUGUUAUGGAUGCCUAUGUGUUUAAAGAUCUGAAAAAUUCCGAAUAUGGAGCUCUUGCCCCUAACCUGUGGCAUGAACUUUUUACAAUGUUUGAAUUAGAAGAAAUUAUGAGACAGAGAGAGAGUAAAGAAUUUGCUCAACUUCUUAACAGGUUAAGAGAAGGUAAUCAUACUCCAGAUGACAUUGCAAAACUAAAAGAGAGAUGCAUUUCAGAAACGUGUAGAAAUUAUCCAAUUGAUGUUCCCCAUUUAUUCAUACAGAAUUCAAAAGUGGAUGAGUUUAAUAAUAGAGUUCACAUGGCUGCAACUGGUGAUAAGUAUACAAUUAAAGCCUUAGAUAGUGUUGUAGGAGCUAACUCUGCAGAAUUUCGAGAUAAGAUCUUGAAGCAAGUACCACUUGAUCCCAGGAAAACUAAACAAUUAGCUUUUAACCUUCAACUUGCGGAAGGUGAAAGAACAGAAAUUGCAGUGAAUUUAAGGACUGAUGAUGGUAUGACAAAUGGUGCUGCUAAUGUUAUAAGGAGGAUACAAUUACAUGAUAGAAACAGGCCUUCUGGAAUAAUAUGGGUAGAAUUUGACCAUGGGCAUGUAGGAGAAAAAACUAGACAUGAUUAUAAGCACUUGUUUGUACAAGGUAUUAAGCGCACAUGGACUCCUAUUAAACCUUUUACUGCACAGUUUGCAGUUGGAAGAAACAGAGCAGCUCAGGUUGUGAGGAAGCAGUUUCCACUGAGACCUGCAGCUGCUAAAACCAUUCACAGAUCACAAGGUGACACUGAAACAAGGAUAGUGGUUAACUUUAACACCAAGAGAGCUAUACCUCACAUACAUUAUGUAGGACUGAGUAGGGUAACCCACAUUGAGGGAUUGUAUAUAACUGACCUUUGCGAAAGCAAAAUAGCUGUAAAUCCAGAUGUAAAAACAGAAAUGCAACAUUUACGAACAGAAGGUUACCUCAACCCAUCUAUUAUCCCUAUAUAUCAAACAGUUCGAACUGCUUUUAAAUUAUGCUUUCUAAAUGUACGGUCACUGCAUAGGCACAUUGAAGACAUACGCAAAGACUUGAACUAUUCAAGCAUUGAUCUAAUCAUUUUCUCAGAAACAAGACUGUGUCACUUAGACAGCAAUAGUAACUACAUCAUUAGUGGUUGUACAUUAUUUAGAAAUGACAAUCAGUCUACAGGACUAAAUGCGAGACCUUAUGGUGGAACAGCAGUGUAUAGUAGAAUUUCAUCCAUUCCUGGAUACCCAGUUUCUAAGAAUGCUAAUGGUGUUGAAAUAACUAUUGUUAAACUUGCAGCAAUUCCACAUAUUACCAUAAUAGGUGUAUAUCGUUCACCAAGAGUGGCAAUUCGGCAAAUGUGUACAGCAAUGAUGCAACUUCUUGUCCUUCAUAGUUCAGAAUUCAAUAUUUUUAUUGGAGAUUUUAAUGUAAACUGGUUGAAUGAGAAAGAAAGAACUCCCCUUUAUAAUAUGUUUGUUAGAGAUAACAGUUAUAGGCAAUUAGUAUUAUGUUAUACCACUGACAACAGAACUACAAUAGACCAUAUUUAUACUAACUUACCAGAGUCACACGUAAAUUUACACAUUUUAGAAACAUAUUUUUCAGAUCAUAAAGCAAUCUGUGCACUGAUUAGAACAUGA